GUUGAUUUAGUUCGCAGGUGUCUUUGAAGUGAUUCAACCGAUUAUCUGGGAAAGAAGGAUAACACUAAACAAAGUUAGUCCGUUAACUAAAUUGGCAGCAGCAAAAUGGGGACAAAACGAUUUCAUCUAGAAGUUGCUAAGUAUUCAAACUGUCUCCAGGAUGCUGCUAGAAGACAAAAAGACACUUAAGUCACCAUUAUAAUGGAUAAGAAACUGUCAACAGAAAUAUCGCGCCGCUCUCCUUACUUCUGUAGCAAGGAGGUACGGAGCAGCGCUCUCAUACGCAGGGUGCUUCUGAUAACCAUCGUGAUAUUGUGUUCCAUCUUCGUGGCACUCAUCUUGUGCGGGGCACUCUAUGCUACGAGGAAUUCUGUCUUCUUUUAUGUGGCUGCAUCUGUUCUCUUUUCCGCUGCAGCCAUGUUGAUUCUUUUUUAUAUCUGGCUCAGUAGAAGAUGUCCGUUUUGGAAAAUGGAUUACCCCGCCAAGAUGCCAUCUGGGAAAAUGGAAAUUUCAACAGUAAAUGGGUUUAACUACUACUCUCAAGUUCCAAAUGGUGUGAAGUCAGAUUUUCCUAUGGGGCCUUAUCUCGUCAUGACUUUGCCCAAAACCCACAACCACAGAGACCGAACUGGUACUAUAGACAGCGAAGACUGCAGUGCCCCAAACACACCUCGGUACAUGAAAAGAAAGUCACUCAGAAGAGCAAAAAACCUUCCUCCGUUAGCUAGUGCUGAAACACUGACUCCCUCUCUGAUAUCCAGCUACGGAAGCAUAGACAGUGUGGUUUAAUAGACAAUUAUCGGCACUGAGUUUCGAACGCACACUGGUUUCUUCGCUCAGCACUUGAAAUGCGUUUCCUGCUUCGUCAAAACAGGAAAGCACCUUCUAAGUGUUCAUCACCUUCAAAAGUGUUGCCAAUUUCGUUUCUAACUUCUCUGAAAUACUUUCCAGAGGAAGUUUAGAGGAUCAUCCCACCGUUACAGUUACAGUUCUUGAAAGUCGUGUCAAACAGCUGCAUUUGAAAAGUGUAAUGACAGCUGUUUGAUGAAAUGAUUGCUAUCAUACAAAAUUGGGGAAAGUGUUUAUUGAAUUGCAUGAAAUUCUGAGUGAUUAUUUACGUAAGCAAGUGCCAAAAUUAGGGAAAAAAAUUAGGGAUUUUUAUAAUUUUGCAAUGAAAAUGAGAGGGAAAGAAGUGGAACUUUUUAAUAAAUUACAGUUCUCAGAGAAAUGCAUAGUUCUCUAACGAAAAUUUAGAAAAUAUACUCAUAAGGUAUUAUUCUCAACAACCAGUUUCAAUCAGUCAUAGAAGGCUUAUUAGAAAUAAUUAUAUGUGUUUUAUGAAAAAUUUCUCUCUCAGUAUGUAAAAAUAAUUGUAAUGAAAUCUCCGCAGUUUUAUGGUAAGUUUUAUCUUUGGAGAGCACAUCUUGGUUCAGUGAUUCAUUGAUUCAUCGAAGUGUGUAGACUCUUGAUUCUUGGUGACAUAAUUAAAUAUUAUUUAUAC